AGAAGUUUCGUGAUGGACAAUCGGUGUGUUUGGCUCUCAUUUUGCUUUCAUUUUGCGUGUGUAUUCUUUCCAAUCAGCCUGAGUGUGUCAUCAAACAUGCACUCGGUCCUCUGCUUUAAUGUGAUUAUAGGAAUCAGGGUUUCUUCAGCAUACUGUAGUACCUGGAGUCCGCGAGAGCAUCCUUCUACUGGCCAAACAGAAUGGAGCUGACAGCGCCUUCUGAGCUCUGAUUCGUCUCAACGCUCACACUUGAAGGGACAUCGGUAGGAUCCCUCUGGGUACCACCCAUAUCGAAUGAAACUGCACCUUUGGGCACUAGUUGCAUCAUCGUCACCCAGAUCAUUGGGGUAGUGUAUUGGUUUCAUGCGUACCCUCGCUGAUCGCGAGAUACCCCGUGCCAAAAGGGUCGAAGGACGUCAGUCUUUUAAGCCAUUGGCCUAGACGAGUAGGAUGGCCGCGUUUUUGGGGCCUGCAGGGAGGAUGGGAUGCUCGGACUUGGAGACUUGCGUCCCGCGGACCAUUCUCCCGCGGGCAGAACGAAGGCUCAGCACGGUUCCGACACGCACAGUGCGGCCAUUGUGCGCACCAUCACUUUUCUUCUGUGUUCACCUUCAUCGCGCGGUCGCUUCGCCGGUCUGCACCUCCAGGCCAACUCCAUGCCCCAUCUGCUUCGACCAUUGAGAAGUAGCCGAGAAGCACAAGGUCUCCCGCCGCGCCAUCGGACCGGACCCGACUGGAUUAUUGCAACUUAAAUAGCGUCCCGGUCUCUUCCGGUUGCGGUCACCCUCAUUUUUACUGAAAAUCCUCACACCUGGGGCUCUCGUUGACGCGCGUUAACAGGCUAAAGAAAGCCCAUCGUUGCAUUACCAUCGACUCCAGGUCUGCAAGCUGAUGUGUCUUUUGCGACAUGCCCCUUGGAAUGAAUUGAUCGGAUGCAGCGUCCGUCGUGACAACUUCUAGGGUGGGGCCUUGAGGACGAUACUGUACUUCUGCUGAUGGCCCAGUGCCGGGACGACCCUUCAUUCCUCAGUCUUCAGAUCCAAUGCGAUGAUCACAAACCAUAUUUUAUGACACAGCUUACUUGCGCCCAAGCAACCUCCCUGCGACCCUUAGCCUCAGCGAGACACAGCCCAGAAUCAAACCAUAUGUUCUGUCUAUAAGCGAUUGAUGAGGUCUCGUCGACGCAUCUUUCGCGUAGCUCCGCUGUGCUUCUGAAGCCUAAUUGGGGCUAGGUUGCUUCAUGAUUUGCGGUCUGAGCUUUUGGCGUCGAGCUUUCUCUGCUAGAUUCCAGCUCUCACGCGCCUUUUUCUCAGUGCAGAAACGCCUCACUCUGAGUAACGUCGUACUGAUUCAACCUUCUACGGUCUCUUGCUAGUUGGGUCGGUCCCGCACUCGCCGGGCAGGCGGCAGGUCUGUGAUGUCAUUGUUGUAGCAAAUACCGGCAAUACAUUAGCGAUCACGGUAAGCACCACCUCAUGAUCUGCAGACAUCCUGGUCGCACCUAGUCGCACACGACAAGCCUCGGCCACUGAGUGACCGCCUGGCUCCCUCUGCGCUCAAACGGCC